UAAUGACGCCAGCUGUGAAGCAAGGACGUCAACCGGAAAAGGUUGAGUUCUCGCAAAUUCAGUUUAAUGUUUAAUUGUGUUGUGUUUCUGCAGAAGUUGCAAUGCCUGUCAAUAGUGUGCCGCUCCGGGAUGCGUCCAUCCCGUAUCGUUUUCUUCAGCAGUACCUAUUUCUUCUCAAGAAAUAUCCCAUUCUGACUAAAUCUGUAACAAGUGGCGUCCUCUCAACCAUAGGAAAUCUUCUUUCUCAGAUUUUGGAGGCAAAAAAAAGGUCAAAAAAUGAUGCUGUUAAAGAGAUUGACACUGCAGGAGCUGCACGCUAUGCCAUUUAUGGUUUGUUCAUUACCGGACCAGUCAGCCAUUACUUUUACCAGCUGAUGGAGGUGUGGGUGCCCAGUACAGAUCCAUACUGUGUGAUCAAACGCCUGCUGUUGGAUCGUCUUGGUUUUGCCCCUGCCUUCCUGCUGCUUUUCUACUUGGUUAUGAACAUCCUGGAGGCGAAAGGACUGGAUGACUUCAUGAAGAAGAUUAGAAGAACUUAUUGGACCGCUCUGAAGAUGAAUUGGAAAGUUUGGACACCUUUCCAGUUCAUCAAUGUCAACUUUGUGCCUGUUCAGUUCCGAGUGCUAUUUGCCAACAUGAUCGCCUUAUUUUGGUACGCCUACCUCGCAUCAGUGAGGAAAUGAAUCAUCUCAAGAUUGCAACUCAGGAAAAUAACGAAGGCCAGCAAGUGGGACUAAAUGGGAUCAUCUUUGUUAAUGUGAACAAUAAUUUACACUGUCAGUAAUUUUAACACUGUGAUUAAACAUUUGGAAUGCUUGACAGGGUUUAUGACAACAUCCACAAAUAUGCAUUUUAUUGUAAAUAUCACCAUACAUACCAAAACCUGUAUUGUAAAUCAUACUAAUACUGUAUUAAAAUAUGCUGUGGGUAUUAAUUACAGACCAUCAAGUGCCUCUAGUGGAAGACAUUGGAGUUGUAAUGUCAGAAAUAAAUGCAACAGAAAAUGGUUGUC